GAUUUGCAAGCAGAAUUACUGGGAACAAAACCACGAAUUCACCUCAAGCCAGAUGCUGUCCCAACAAUUUUCACUUUCACCUCCAAACGAAAACAACGAUCAACAGGACAGAAACGAAGACACAAUCAGGUUACUAUUUACUGUCUGUUUCAAUCAACCUGUCACUUAGAGCAGACCCUGUUGAUGUAGGCCCUUACUGAAGUAAUGAAACAACAUGCUAAGGUUGCUAGAGUGCCUGACUCUGAUGAUGAUUAUGAGCACCACCAAGAAAUCGACAAAGAAAACAAUUCUCCUGGAACCAAAGCACGUGAAUUUUGUGAUGCUUCAACGCAAUAUGAUCUUAGACACCUGGCUGAAACAAAGGAACAUUCAUACUGUGUGAGAGAAUCUUCACCAAUUCCCGAGGACAUGCAUUCUAGUCAACUUCAGCCACCACAAAUUGCCCCAUGGUUAGUAACACCAGUAACUGACAGUUGUCAGUCCACAGAGUCUGAUGAAGAGGCACAUUCUCCUAAUACAGACAGUGAAACAGAGAAAUACUGCGUCUUUGACACAUCUUGUACUUCACAAGAUUCGGAUAUCGAAAUGGGUGGUCAAGAGGACCAAAAAUUCAUUGUUUUCAGAAAUUCCUUGAGUGAACUGUUCCGAUUCUGCCCAACAUGUGGCUCUUCUGUAGUCAGCCAAUCAGAAUCAACAAGUGGAACAAUGUUAGUAGUAAAAAUGGAGUGCUCAAAAGGGCAUAAUGUAAACUGGCAGUCCCAACCACUUGUUGCUGGUCUACCUGCCGGAAAUCUUAUAACCGCAGCAGGGAUUCUGUUGUCAGGAGGAACAUUCAGCAAAUUCAGCCACUUUGCUCAAAUCAUAAAAUUGCAAUUCAUCUCGGAAUCAUCAUUUUAUCGAUUGCAAGAUGAAUGCCUGUGUCCUGUGGUUAAUGAAACGUGGAAGAGUCACCAGGAAUCUAUACUAGAAAACUUCAAAGACAACCCUUUACACCUACUGGGAGAUGGACGAUGUGACAGCCCUGGAUAUUCCGCUAAAUAUUGUACAUAUACUCUAGUGGAGCAAGAUACAGGGCUUACUGUUGAUUUUCAGUUGGUGUAG